AUGCCACAACUCUGUUAUAUCCACUAUUUACGGCUUAUUAUUGUUAUGCUAGCUAUUUUCACGAAACCCACUAUAAAUACUCCUUCAAUGUUUGACACCUGUAAUCUUACUGUAUUCGAUCAUCUUGACCCAGAUGUUCAAUCGUAUCCUGAUCCAAAUUUCGAUCCCAUGAAGGAUUGUAUCCCUUACGACCCGCUGACCACUUUAUCCAAUGGGAAACUGUACAUGGAUGAGGAAAAAUCGAAGGGGUUUCAGUGUAAAGCAAGAUGUGUACUACCUGUAAACGAUUUUCGCUACUCUCCCGAUCGUUGGAGGUGUCUUCCCUCGUCGGAAGCAUUUAAAUGUGAUAUAAUCGAGUCGUAUUGCAUUGAUGACACCUCAAGAGAGGAAGCGUAUGCUCCGGUUUCACCCUCAGUCAAACCAGACGUGUAUAUUAUUGUGCUUGAUUCUGUAUCGUCUUAUAUGGCGAAAAGGAACCGCGAAAUUCGAUCCGUUGGUCCUCCAACACAACUUAUUAUUGGUCAGAUUUUGAAUGUUGCCGCUGAUGUUGAGUUCAUCUCAUCGGGUUUCAGUUUAUGCGUUUUGAUGAGGCUAUAG